AUGGCACGCUAUCCCACUUUCGAGGACUAUGCUAAGAAGGGAAACUUCCAAGAUGGCAUCAAGAGAUGCGAUGACCUCUUGAAACGGAACCCGAAAGACACACAGCUCCUGAUCGUCAAGCUGCGACUGCUCUCGGCUUCUGGGCAGAAUGGAUUGGAAAUCCUCGAUCAACUCGCUGCCACUCAACCGCCUAUCCAACACCUAGCCGAGCUGACGGAUAUCGAAACUGCUGUCGUCGAGUCAAAUAAGGACGUGUUCCCGCCUCCGUCAACUGCAGGGCCCAUUGUAUCGAAACUUUGGGACGCUGCCUUCAAGACAUCCAACUCGACGGAAUACAAGCUGGAAUUGGUCUCUCUCCGCUUCUCAAGAGCCGUCUACGACAAUCGAUUACAGGAUGCUCAACAGACGCUCAUAGCCAUCAAGGCUUUCCAGCCGAGGAAUAGGGCCGUAUACAUGGCUCACGCUGCUUACACGCAACUGCUCUCGAGUUCCAAGGAUGAUUUGCAGUCCCGCUUGGCGCUUUCACUGGCUCGCAAGGCUGUCAGUGAGAAUUUUGACGAGGAUAAGGCCCUUGAUGUACGAGUUCCUGGUCAAAUAUUUGCUUUUCAGGAAAGUGAAAAGGAUCUUGAAAGUAUCAGGGACAGGCCUUUUCGGGAGAGUCAACAGGUCUACAAGGCCUUGAAGUUGAGCGAGCCGGUUCAGCUCAAUAGUGCUCCGGCACAUCAACGUGUGGAUCCAGCAAAGGCGACACCGAGAGAAUGGUUGACGGCAGAGGUGGAAAGUCUCAAAGAAGAGUUCUCAAAGCUGAUAGAGGCGAACGCAGCGGCAGGAGUGCUGAAGGCAUUCGUCGCCAACGCGAUUCGCUUGUUUCAUACCGCAAUCACCUCGCUAGAUCUGGGUGGUCGAGAUCGAGGUGCAGCGGAUGCAUGCUUCCUUGCCGUAUCCGGUCUUGUCAAGCUAUAUGUCAACACCAGGGAUUGGAACCAUCUGCUGCAAGCUGCAUAUCUCAGCGAGCGACUCUUGAAACACAAUGAGAAUAUUCACGAAGCGCGCCUCGUUCUGGUAUACAUCUACAUGCGCCUCGGCCUAGGGAAACUUGCGGCGCAUAUCUUCGAUUCCCUCCGAGUGAAGGAAGUACAGCACGACACCGUUGGACAUACCCUCUUCACGCGCCUAUCCAUCACACACCCCUUCCAAACAUCAGAGCCCCGAGAUUGGUUCGAUCCUCACGAGCGCACAUACAAAGCUCUGGGUAUCUAUGCUCGACACGAAGACAAACUCGCCGACUGCGAAGCGGGAGUCCUGGAUCACAGUCAGACAGGCAUGGUCUUCGACCUUCACGAAUUGAGAGAUAGCUUACGUCUCAGCCUGGCUCGGAGAAUCACUGCCCUAGAACAUCGUAGAGUCGCUCGGCUUACUGGCAAAGCUGUCGCCAAGAACACUCUGAAUACCGGACCGCGGGUCGUGGCCAAUUGGACCACCACGAAAGACAACCGCGAUUUCAAUGGUGCUUUUGAUUAUGGCUUCAACGUUGAGAAGGCUCUAUACGGCUCCGUCGAGAGCUCAAAGACGCUUUUACACGAUCUUGCCGCAGAUACCGCUUGGGCAUUGUCUACCAACCAUACUCCCCUCGUCAGAGACUCCGACAAACUGGCGGAAGCGAUACAGUCCGCGCCCUCAGAAGAACCCGCCACUGCGCAACUCCUCGCAGGCGACGUAGCUCUAAAACUACUCGCCAUUCUCCCUACCCCAUCAUCCAAGGAAGCCUUCGAAGCUCUCGCCAAGGCAAUCAAAACCCUUCCCAUCGAGAGCCUUCUCCAGACGAAAGACGAUCUGGCCGAGACCCUCACGGAUCACUACACAUACGUUGAUAUUCUGAGGAUUGCGAUGUAUACCUGUCGACACAUUCCCGCCGCAACGGAACAAGAAGCGGUCAAGAACCUGCAAGACCUAUCCAAGAGUCUCAUCUCUUCUGUACAGAACCAUGCGAAAGCGCAGGCUACUUCCACAGCGACGAAAACUAUCCGAGAGCGGAUGCUCAGAGACGAAGAUUUGAGAGGAUCAAUCGAGAAGUUUGGGGAGGAGGAUUUGGAAAGGUUCUGUGAGGCUGUUGUGGGAGCUGCGAAGGAGGGAUGGGACGGUGUUCUGAAGAUCAAGAUGCCUCCUGUUGCUGCUGCUGCUUCAUGA